AUGGUGUUGCAAGCCAUACAGUAUGAACCGGCGUCCGCCUCUUCGCCUCCUGCCCUACGCAUCCUCGACCAACUUCUUCUACCGCACAGAACAGUAUAUGAAGCAAUUGCCGGGUGUCAGGAGGCCCAUGCCGCGAUUAAGCAGAUGAAAGUGCGCGGGGCACCAGCGAUUGCGAUUGUGGCAGCUCUCGCUCUGGCUGUCGAGAUCGGCGCAGCGGCGGUGGCAGGUAAAUUACCCUCGUCGGCGGACGAGGUCAAAGAGAGAAUAGGUGAUAGGUUAGAUUACCUCAAGACGAGUCGACCGACAGCAGUCAAUCUCGGAGAUGCGGUUGGCAAGCUUAAAGUCGUGGCGAAAAAGGCUGCGCUGCAGUCCGGAGCAACUGCGGAAUCAGUUGCGCAGGCGUACAUCGAGGCCGCAGAACGGAUGCUAGUCGACGAUGUGUCAGACAACAAAGCCAUCGGUGAGCAUGGAGCUCGGUGGAUCGAAGAGAACACGGCCGCAGGAAGACAGAGGAAAGCAGACAAGAGUCACGCUUUGCAAGUCCUUACGCACUGCAAUACAGGGUCAUUGGCAACGGCAGGCUAUGGCACCGCGUUGGGUGUUAUCAGAUCCCUCAGAGCCGCCGAUAUGCUCACCCGCGCCUAUUGUACAGAGACUCGGCCAUAUAACCAAGGAUCACGAUUGACGGCGUACGAACUGGUCCACGAUGCGAUACCGGCGACUCUGAUCACCGAUUCGAUGGCUUGUGCGUUGCUAGCAAGAGAAGGAGACGGCCUGGCAGCCGUUGUGGUGGGAGCCGACCGGGUGGCUGCCAAUGGGGAUACUGCGAACAAGAUCGGGACAUACUCCCUUGCGGUGCUCGCUCGGCAUCACGGCGUCAAGUUCCUUGUUGCCGCGCCAAGAACCACCAUUGACCUGACCACGGCAUCGGGGAACGAUAUUGUGAUCGAAGAACGGGCGCCCGAAGAAGUUACGAGAAUCAAGGGUCCCAAAGUCACGGCGGAAGGGAAGAUACAGGUUGAUGAGGCUGCCGAGAUCAUUUCCAUUGCCGCAACUGGAAUUGAUGUAUGGAACCCUGCUUUCGACGUGACUCCCGCCGAAUUGAUCGAUGGCAUAAUCACCGAAGUGGGUGUGGUGGAGAAGGUGGACGGCAGAUUUGACUUUGGCACGAUAUUCCAACGACCCUCUUGA